AUGAUCAAUUGUCAACAAAAUAUCCAGAAUUACUACGCAGACGAAGAAGAUGAAAUCGCAGUUGGAAUUAUUUCAGGGAAAGAAGUACUUGAAACACGUGUUAUUGGCCAAGCAGAAACAUGGUUUCAUCAAUUUCCUCAUGUUUCUGUGUUUAGUGAUUACUUUGACCCAAUUGCAAUCAAAAGAAUAACUCAGCUUGCCAAACAUACGAAUGUUUCAUUCAUUACUGUAGAAAAUAAGUCAGAUCAUCUGAUUGGCACUCCUUGGGCAAGCAGAUGGUAUCAUGCACAACCAAGAUUUUUAUCAUCAAUGAAAAAGCUCUAUGAAACAAAUCCGAAUGCCAAAUGGUUCUUAUUUGGCGAUGAUGAUACAUAUUUAGUCGCUAAAAACAUUAGAAGAAGAUUAAUAAAAUAUGAUUAUGACGAACCAACAGUUGUUUCAUUUUUCUGGUGUCAAUGGAGCUCUGUAGCACAAUAUAUGAAGCCUCAUCGCGAUUGCAGACCGUUUGCUCAAGGAGGAAGUGGAGUUUUAUAUACUAGGAAGAUGAUGGAUAUGAUUUAUCCACAUCUUGAUAUGUGCAAUGAUAUUUUUAAUGAUGCAAACCAUGCUGCUUCAAUGAGAAUUGCAAAUUGCAUUGAAAAUUUUUUCGGAAUUAAUAAUUGGACAAGUGGGGCCUUUAUAAAGCCAUGGAGAUCAGGUUUUCACUAUUCCAACCCGGAUAAAGUCAUAAUAGAAGGAAAUACAUGGGAUGCUCCCGGAAGUUUUCAUCAAGUCAAUCGAAAUUUGAUGAAAAAAAUUCACAACUCCCAUAUUUGCACUGUUUCUGAUGGAUACUAUGACUUCUCUUAUUAUAUGUUCAUGUCAGCACCUGUUGAAAUCACUUACUGCACUAAUUGGGAACUUCAUUUCGGAUAUUGCAUUGAUAUGUAUGGUUCUCAUUUGUUUAGAAUCAAUGCAAUUACUCCAAUUGUGUGUGUUGAUGAAAAAAAUAUGAAAUUUACUCAGGAGUUCGAAAAUAAUGUUGUAGUUUAUAUUGAUAAUAAUCCUGACUUAGAAAUCGGAGAUAUUUAUGUUGAUGAUGUAGUUAGAUCUAUCAACAAAACAGAAAUAUAUGUUUAUGUAAAUUGUCCAGAAAAAAACUUUGUUUAA